AGGCUAGUGAAGCCAAACAAUAAAGCACUGCAGUUACAUUUCAGGAGAAGACAACUCUGAAAUAGCUUGUUCUGCUGUUUAAAGUAUUUAUGCUCCAUGAUCUAGAAUGGAAAAUAUGGACAGUGGAUCUUCUCUGGACAUGGAUAAAGUAAUCAACAUGAAUGAACAGUGCCAUAUAUUUAAGGAGACUGAGCUUUGGAAAGAAAAUGUGGAUUUAUUAGAAAAGAGUGACUUGGGAAAUACUAUGUCCUCUUCCCAUGAAAUGUCAGCCCCAAUAAACACAGGAAUAAAAUUGGGCCCUGAUAGCCUUACCAGGAGGCGGGGCCUGACUGGUAAGUUGCAUCUGCUGAAUGUGGAGCAUGAUAGUGCUGACAAUCCCCCAUAUCUAUUUGAUAGGCAUGCUCCAAGUAGGAUUUCUACUUCUCCAACCUUGAGGAGGCUAAGAAAGAACACAUCAUCAGUUUCUCAAAUAUCUCCACUCCAGGACAGUGUUGAGAACAUAGGAACAGACAAACAGAUGCCACUAGUUGACAUUUUUCUUUCUAUGCAUCCAGAACUUCCUUCACACCCUCAGCACUGUUCUCUCCCAUCAUCCUCUGGUAUUUACUCAAAUACAGUGAUCCAAAUACAACACUCUACAUCAGUUAACCCCACAGCGAAUCUAUUGGAUCAUAAACAUGAUUUCAGUGAUACUCAAACAGUGCAAAACAGUAGAGAGAACAACUCUUCUCCAGAAUAUGAAGGAAAGGAUUCUCAGCAAUAUAGCCAGGCCUUGGAUUUACAUAAAUCUAAUAGGUCAACUGUCCGCAGGCAUAGCUCAGUGGUAGUGAGUUUGCCUGGAUUUGAGAUGUUCCCUGGAGACUUGUUGAUAUCAGACAGUGCAGCACAAUUCCUAUACCAAUCAACAUCACUGCAAAACUCAGAAUCCAAAAGGACAUGGUGGCCAUUUGCUAAAAAAGGAAUUGUGAGUAGUUCGCAAAAUUUGCAGAUUUUCCCUUUCACUGUCAGUUGA